GCUGUGUGUAUAGGAUGUGUGUGUGUGUGUUUAUUUUUUGGUGCUCCAAUAUUUUAGUGUUAAAUAAUUAAAAAAACUAAUUAAAAUGUGUUUGUUAUCGUGUAGAUAGGUACGCUAAUUGCAGUCGACAAAAUGAACAAGUUACAGAACAGCACGUUAGUUAUGCCAGUCUCAGACAAGGCUAAAGACUGGCAACUGGAAAUUCUAAUGGAAAAACUACGUUCCAAAGCCUCCCAAGUCAAAUCUCUCCCAGAAAUUUCAAAAAACGUUCGCAUGACCUUAUUGGAAAAAAGGUACGCCCUAGACAGUGUAGAUAAAGGCCAACAUCAAAAAUGCCUGGACACUUUACAGCACGUAAUCAAAGUAACAGGCUUGCAAAGUAUGAUAGAACGCCUGGAAAGUCUCACCAGACAACUAGGUUUAAGAUUUGUAGUCGAGCCUUCAGGAGUUUUCAUUUUCUCUGACAUGUUUUACUUGGAAAUUAUCCUGGAACAAACUGGUGCGGUCAAAGAUGUCAAAAUCCAUCACGAAGGCAAAGUAGAACAACAAAGCUGCAUGGAAUUAGUCAAUUGCCUUUCCAGGGGCGACUUUACUGAUUUCACUAUUCAGCUUGAAGGUUUUGUGUCAAUAUACCACCUCAAUGCUGAAAAAAAAGUGAAAUGCAAAGCUUUUACUGCCUUGGAAUCGCUGGAAGCUGAUUUGUGCACCUUGGCCCAGCUGCAAACGUUUUUAAAAGAACCAUUUAACAUUUUACAUAAAUCACCUGUGGGUGUUUUGGAAAAACGACGCGGAGGUCACCCAAUGAAACUCACCUACUUUGUUUCACCUUAUGAUCUUUUAAACAUAGAAAAACAUGAAAUUGAUCCAAUUAACAUAGACACUGUCAUUGCAAAAGGCCUAGGCUACUGUGUUACAGUUUGCAUGGAAGGCUCAGCAACUCACAAACUACAAACUUCCACUUUGAUUACGGUUAAUAGAAGCAUGAAUGGAAAAAGCACCCCUACUUAUACUCCAAUAACAAGCCAAAAUAGCGCAACUGUUCCAGCUUGUUUUACCCUUAAAUUGAACAAACCCAUGCCCAUGUGUUUGUCGCUGAUUAGGAAGAUUCAGCAAAUUCAACAAUGGUCUGAUGGUGAUAAUAAUAGCGCUCCUCAGCCUUUGCUUAAUUUGAUUGUGAGUCAUAUUAGUGAAGGGAAGAUGAGUUGCAGUAAUAAUAAAGGAUUGUUUGUGACUUUACCCGACCAAACCCAUUGUUACUGCAUGACAGAAAACCGAAACAUGAACAGCAUAUUUGUCAGCAGCAUACCGUUCACGCAUCCAGCUCACGUUGCCAAUAUUUUGAUGAUUCUUAGAGAACAGGCCAUGUUCAAUACGAUUAUUGGCAGUUGCGUGAGACCUAACAGCCGUCAAAGUUUUGACAAUAUGACGAUGUUUGAAGUAAGUGCCCUUUCCUCAACACAAAUAUCCAUAUCCUUGGAACAUCCUCUAGAAGAAUGCAUGGCAACUGCCGACUUUGAUUUAUCAGACAUUUCGAAUUUGGUGUGCCGUAUACAAAACCCUGGCACACCUUCUCCCAACAACACUCCAGACAUAGUUUCAGAACUAGCCACCAGAGUUUUAAAUAAGACUUUCUCUAUUCCCGUAACGUUACGUGCAGUUAUAAAACUGUGGGAAAGACAAGCGAGCCAACCAAAUUUGUACCCAGGUCAGGAAAAUUUUAGUUUGCCCCUCGGUUCCGUCGAUCCCGGAGGUCACAAGGGCCCCAGCACUAGCGGCAAUGGAGGCUUAGCGGAAUUCGGGGGGCUUCAGGACAAGAUCAAACAGGAACCCAACACUAUGAACAAUGGCACGCACCAGCUAGUGUUGCAGGAACCGCACUGGAACGAAUCGAUGAUGUCGUCGAAUUUUCCAAACAUCCCACCUUCCGAUGAUGUGUCAGCCGCUGGCGGCAAACGACAACAGAAACGGAAGGCCACCGAAGAUUUGUGGAAGAGUGGCAAGCGGAAGGUGGGAACAAGCGCAGAAGACUCGGAACUCGUGGAAACGUCCAGCUGCGACUCGACGUCGCAGAGCACACCUAUUUCGCAGGAAACUGAAAUUGUUACGCCUAAUUCAGGGUCGCAAUCGGAUUUGGAACUGUCUAAUGUUGAUUCGUCUGAUUUUUUAGCCAAUAUUGACAAGGGUUCGGAUUUUACUUCGGAAACGGUGGAUAUGGAUGAGAUUUUGUCCAGUGGUCCAAGGAAAACGCCUUUGGAACCUUCACCGAGUAGUUGCUCGAGUAUUAUAUCGGAUUUGAGUGAAAAAAAUAUGGUCCCUCCAAAUGUAAGUAUAACCCCAAUAUCAUCGUCUGCGUCUCCCACUUACAACCAACAAGAAAAACGCACAGGAGGCAUCGAAAUCAUCCCAAUACCUCAACCAACAACAGCGCCGCCUACUAUGAUGGCUACUUCGAUAACCAUCACUCCAAUCACACCCAAACCACCUUCGGAAGAAAGAAGAGAGAAAAAAAGCAGUAGAAGUAACCGCGAAGACAAAGAGAAAAAGAAAAAACGAAAACGGGAUGAAAGCCCUAUGGGCCCGCCCGAAAAAGUGCCUCCCAAGUUAGACGCUUUGUCCAAGCCCGUUUCUGUCAGCAUCAAGCCCGCUGAGAGUCCACCAACCUCUCCCAGUAUGAUGAGAAAAUUUAGCGCGUCGCCUACAAACAGACCAAUGUCGCUUUCAGGCAAACUAAGCCCAAGUUUACUGAAACCAAAAUCGAGUCCCAGUCCAAAAAACUCUCCGGCUCAUAUCCCAUCCAGUCCCAAGCACACAAUUGGGAUUUCUAGCCCUAAACAUCAUGGCACUAGUCCGAAACAUCCUUCGGCUAGCGGCAGUGGGAAACCGAGCAUGUCUACAUUGAAAAAUGCCGCUAAUUCACCUUCAAGUAAAACUUCAGCUGAAAAAAAACCUAAGGAAAGUUCCAGAGAUAAAGAUAAAAAUAGGAGCAGCAUUUUUGCUUCUGGCAGUAGUAAAUCCAAAUCGGCCUCCUUAAAAGUGAAACCUUUAGAUUUAAAUAUUAGCAGUUGUGAGGGGGUGACUCAAGAAUCCCUUCCAUCACCCAGUGGUGACUCUAAAACCAAUCCGAACAUUUUACGAAAUCGCAAAGGGUCCCUUUCAGCCAUAGUGGAUAAAUUAAAUAUUAAAGUCAACGCUCAGCACAGUGACGUGCCAACAGAUUUAAGCUCCAAGUGUAGCAGUAAAGUGCCUAGCAGCAAAGAUGGUAAAAGUAAAACUACAACCGACCCAAAAAACUCAGAAUACAUGGUCAAAACUAGUUCCGAUGGUAUGAAACUUACCAUAAACAAACCUAGAACAAAAGAGAAUAAAUCUAGCAGUAGUUCAAACGCGCAACCAAGCAAUAGCCCUUCCAAACCUCCUCAAACCUUGCCUAAAGUCCACACAGGCCUCAAACCAGGAGUAAACAGCGGACCUGCUUCAAAAAAACCUCAGCAACUCCAAAAAACUAAUUUGCCCAAUUCCACAAUCACCUAUAAUCCCAGUAUCAAAAGCAAAUCCCCUACAAAAGUACCUGGAAGCUAUCCCAAAUCAAUUUCCAAGCCAACUACUUCACCUAAAACAACCAGUGCCACAGACUUGAGCCGCAACAAAGACAGACCAAAACCAAGCAAAAGCUCAUCAGAAAAAUCUAUUUUUGCUUCACUAAAAGACCGCUCUAAAGGCAGUCCCACACAAAACGAUUCCGAUUUGUAUAAAAUUCCACCCAAAGUAGACCCGUACACUUCUGCCCUAAUGAUGGAAGGCAUGAUGAAGACUUUGGACAAAAAUUUUCAAAUUCCCAAGCUUUCGGAUAAAAAGAAAAACGAAUUGAAUAAUGUCAAUAGUAGGAGUACUGUUGAUACGAAAAUAUUUGAUAUGAUGGUGAAAAAUGAUAUUAAGUAUCCGUUAAGCAUACCUGCCAUGAACUCGCUGGAUCAGAAAAUAAGGAACAAUAUGAGCAUGAUUGGGGAUGAGGAGAAGAAAAAGCAGGACGGGGUGCAGAAUUUGUCUGGAUCCUCAAAUUGAAAAUAGGUUGUUGCCACAAAAUCCGUUUUAAUUGUGAUAGUAAAAGCUAACGACGAUCUGUUCCUUUCCACGGACCCACUCAACCCUUAUCCCUCGGCCAGCGAAGCCCUGCACAGUCUCACUUUGGCCUCGAAGUACGCGCCUACAACGACAAUCGACACCGAAGCUUUGGAUUUUAGUAAAACUCCGAAUUUUCCACAUUCGCCUGCGGUGAGCGUCCACAUUGUGAACUCCAGAGCUUCGAGUCGAAGCUCCAGUUGUCUGGAAGAAGAUAUGAUGGAUGAAGGAUUAAUGACGUUGAGUAAAUGAUUCGAUAACUGCCAUUUUUGUUUUUACUUAUUAUUGACAGAGUUUUUAGUGUAUUGUUAAUAUUGUCUUUCAUUAUUUUUGCACAAGUACAAAACCUUGUAUUUCAAAAUAUAUAAAUUAAAUCAAUUUUUUGUACAUAUAGCUAAUAUAGUUAAAGUUAUUAUUUAUAAAAAUCUGGUUUUAUUUACCAGUGUGCCCCUAAACGUUCUAUUACGGUUUUUAAAAGUUCACUAUGGCUGGCAUAUAAAUCUAGAUUUCUAUCAAUAUCCAUCCAUUGAACUUGAGCUGCAUCGUCUCCGGCUUCAAGAGCAAACUUGCCCACUUGACUAUUGUCUGGAUCGUGGAAAUUUACAGCUACAGUUUCCAUCCAGGCAUUGUCAGUGUUUCUGGGAUCGUCUACGUAUCCUUUGUAGAUUUCCGUGCCCUUUGAGAAAAAGGAUUUUAUCAUUUGUUCA